AUGUUUGGACUUGGGGCAAGCCCCCAGUUCCCUGACGCUGAAUCCUGGUGGCACAACCCUCCGUCUCUAGCCACUGCCAAUUCCCCCUGGGAUGCGACUGAAAUCUCAGCUUGGCAGAAGCACCUGGAAGAAGAGACCAAGCUGAGUCCUCUGGAAGGAGAUACAAAGGAGCUCCUGGAAGUGGAAGACCCUGAACUGGAGGCUAUCAAGGCCAGGGUCCGUGAGAUGGAGAAGGAAGAGGAGUGGCUGCAGGAGCUGCAGGCUGAAGCAAAGAACCUCAUCAUGAGAUCAGAGGCAGAUCUUGGUUUGCCUCCGAUAACUCCGGAAAAAAUGGAAGUUGACCAGCGCUCUGUCUACGUGGGAAAUGUGGAUUACGGUGGAAGCGCAGAAGAGCUGGAGUCCCAUUUCAACAGCUGCGGUCAGAUCAACAGAGUUACUAUCCUCUGCGACAAGUUCUCCGGUCAUCCUAAAGGGUAUGCCUACAUUGAGUUUGCUGACAAGAGUUCUGUGAAGGCUGCUGUGGAGCUGGGCGAGAGCACCUUCAGAGGCCGUAUCAUCAAGGUGUUGCCCAAGAGGACCAACAUGCCAGGGAUCAGCUCCACGGACCGGGGCGGUUCCCGGGGUGGUUUCCAUGGCCGGGGGGCUCUGCCUCGCCGCUCCAAUUUCUGUGGAGGGCAGCGUUUAAGGCCACGUGGAAGGGUGUACAGGGGCCGUGGAAGACUCUCUCCUUGGUACAUGCCUUACUAGGCAGUGGGAAAAGGUGACCCAAGCCUUGUACAACUUGGACCGGAACAGGGGAGCAAAAGCAAGUGGAUUCGCCCAAAGAAUGUUUCUCCUUUGUUAUCCUGUGAGAGUGACU